AUGGAGGCCUCUGCCGUAGCAGUGGCGCCUCCUUCUUCAGCGACAGUCUCCUCCAAAGAAGGCUUCCCGAAGCAACAGACUCCUGCAGAAACACAAGAAAGUACUCCCUCGAAGGCGUCUGGGGAGGAGGAGGGGUCUCGAAGUGCCCUCGCAGCAGCGCACGGCACCCCCCGAUCGUCGCCAGCCUGCUGGCCUUUCAUCAGCUCCCACCACAGAGAAUGGCUCUUUACGGCAGAAGAGCUGCAGCAGAAACGCAAAGAGGUUCAUGCGCAGGCACUGGAACGCUUGGCAGCAGUGGACGCUGCAGCAACGGCAGACGCUCCCACAGCAGAGGAUCUCCUGCUCCUGCAGCGCUACUUCGCCUUGCAGCUUUUGUUCAUCUUCAGGCGGAAGGGCCUUAAGGCUUUCGCUCUGGAAACAGCGUGUCUUUUCUUCCACCGCUUCUUUCUCUCCCAGUCCGCUUUAGCCGUCGACCUCCGCUUGGCUCUCUUCUCCUGCCUUCUCCUCGCUCUGAAAGCCGUGGAUAUUGCACGGCAUUACACCCUCGGCGAGCUUUUGGGCGACAUCGAAGAUCUUGACUUAGCCGGCGUCGUUGAAUUGGAGCUGCCCGUAUGCGCUGGACUCCGUUUUCAGUUGCUUACGCUGCACACACGCGAGCCAAUCAACGAACUCAUCGAGCUCCUUGUAAACGCAGCCGAGGCUAAGUACAAGCAGGAUGUGACAAGAGCUCUCACGGCGGGCCUGAGCGGCUCUGAGGCACAGCAUGCCAGCGACGGCAACAAUCUGGAGACUCGUAUGACUACUGGUAGCAAGACGGGGUCGGCAGACGUGGGAGAUCCUCUCGAUGCUGCAGAGACACAGCAUCUGGCAGUUCUCCAGCAGUUGGUAUUGCUGCAAGAGGACGCAGAGGCUUCUUGCCUGCUGAUGUGUGCCUCUCCCAACCUCCCCCUGCAGCAUCCCCCCUGCCAGCUCGCUUUGGCUAGCCUGCUUGGAAGUUCGAUCCGAAAGGAACUUGCGCAGCUUGGGCUGGAUGUAGAAGGCACACUUAGAAAGCACCUCGUGUCGAUGGCAGCUGCCGCUGGUGCCUCGAUCCCAGCGGCAGCAGACAGCCAGCAGGGAGGCCUCACGGGGAGCUCUAGAGAAGCCCAGUGGCUCAAGAUUCAGCAGCGUGUAGAGGCGAUCGUGGACGAGCUGCGAACGCUUCGCCAUGUUCAGCGGCAAAUACAGACUGGCGCUCUCUCACAGAAGAUGGCGGAUCUCUUGGGGAGGGCUAUUGACGCUGCCGAAAUCUUAGAGGGUCAGGGGCGGGCUGAGGGGUCUGGGGAGUUGCGGCGAGAGAAGAGGCGGAAGAAGAAGAAAGUGAAGAAGGAGUAA